AUGAAUCAAGAAAAAUCGACUAGACUCUCGCUGCAGCUGCAGCCUGGGCACAAACUUCAAAGCAGGCGCACAAAGAUCCCCAUCCUGCAAUUCCAUCACACCCUCAUACACUCCCCCGCGACCUACCUCUUUUACUCAUCCCAUCCCCCCUCUGCUCUUUCCCUGCCAGCAUCUGCUCUGCUGCCAUGGCCCUUGCUUAAUCCAGACCUUCCCGCACUAAUCCCACCUUCUUUUCCUGCACUGCUCUCAACCACUGCUCUCACCCGCUGCUCUCACCCGCUGCUCUCACCUGCUGCUUUCACCCGUUGCUUUCGGCCACUGCGCUCACCCGCUGCGCUCACCCGCUGCGCUCACCCGCUGCGCUCACCCGCUGCUCUCACCCGCUGCUCUCACCCGCUGCUCUCACCCGCUGCUCUCACCCGCUGCUCUCACCCGCUGCGCUCACCCGCUGCUCUCACCCGCUGCUCUCACCCGCUGCGCUCACCCGCUGCGCUCACCCGCUGCUCUCACCCGCUGCUCUCACCCGCUGCUCUCACCCGCUGCUCUCACCCGCUGCUCUCACCCACUGCUCUCACCCGCUGCUCUCACCCGCUGCUCUCACCCGCUGCUCUCACCCGCUGCUCUCACCCGCUGCUCUCACCCGCUGCGCUCACCCGCUGCUCUCACCCGCUGCUCUCACCCGCUGCGCUCACCCGCUGCUCUCACCCGCUGCUCUCACCCGCUGCGCUCACCCGCUGCGCUCACCCGCUGCUCUCACCCGCUGCGCUCACCCGCUGCUCUCACCCGCUGCUCUCACCCGCUGCUCUCACCCGCUGCUCUCACCCACUGCUCUCACCUGCUGCUCCUGCCUGGGUGGGAGAGUUGGUGGGGCAGAGUCGGUGUAUAGGAGAAGCAGGUGCAGAGCUGUGGGGGGGUGGGGAGAGAAGGGGGGGUUGGGAGAGGGUAGGAGAGGGGGAGGGGAUGGGGAGAGAGAGGAGAGAAGUAAAAGGGACAGUGGCUUAUGAGAGGGAUGUGGUGUCGGAGACAGUGCCCUUGUCAACAGUCCUCCCCCCCCGCCCGUUGCCACCCAUCGAUAACACCCCUGUCAUCCUCUGA